AUGUCCGGAAACACCAAGGCCUUCUUUGACAUUGAGUACGCCCCUGUGGGCACCAGUGCCCCCAAGACCGCUCGUGUCGUCUUCAACCUCUUCGAGCAGGAUGUCCCCAAGACCGCUCGCAACUUCCGUGAGCUCUGCAAGGCUCCCCAGGGCCAGGGUUACAAGGGCUCCAGCUUCCACCGUAUCAUCCCUCAGUUCAUGCUUCAGGGUGGUGACUUCACCCGUGGCAAUGGCACUGGUGGUCGCUCCAUCUACGGUGAGAAGUUCGCCGAUGAGAACUUCAUCUACAAGCACAACAAGCCCGGUCUUCUCUCCAUGGCCAACGCUGGUCCCAACACCAACGGCUCCCAGUUCUUCAUCACCACCGUUGUGACUUCUUGGCUCGAUGGCAAGCACGUCGUCUUCGGCGAGGUUGCUGAUGCUGAUUCCAUGAAGGUUGUCAAGGAGAUUGAGGCCCUUGGCAGCAGCUCUGGUGCUGUCCGCUCCAACGUGAAGCCCACCAUUGUUAACGCCGGUGAGCUCUAA